UUACGCGCCAAAUCGCGGGGGGCGCCAUUACUCUACAGAUAUGCAUUUCAUUUCCGCCGGAAGUGGUUUGCGCAUUGUCUGACGGUGUAAACACAGCGAUUUCGAUGCGGCUUGCUCAUUAUCUGCCGGUGUAAACACACAUAUUUCGAUGCAAGUUUGGGAACACAGUUCUACUACGUUGUCUGGAGAUGGCGUUACUCUCCCUCACCCGAAUUCAGUGCAAAACUGGGAGGAUAACAUGACGACGUGGCCCAACAUAACAUACAGCAAGAUUUGCUCCUACUACUUGCAAUCCAUGGCAAUAGAUGGAAAGGCAAUGGACAAUCUAAAAUCCUCCGAGGCAUAUCAAUAUCUGCACAGUAACAAAGUCGGUUGUGUCAUGUCAUACAGACAUGGUAGUUUUGUUUAUUUGAAAGCUAAUGUAGAGCCUAGCCAGUGUUUGAACAAUGCGUGGCAUAAUGGUUGGGUGCUUGUAACUGAAGCUGGGGAAGUCAAAACUGCGGGAUGUACGUGUGUUGCUGGACCAGGGAGAUCUUGUUCCCACUCAGCUGCGAUCCUGUGGAAGGUAGAAAAUGCUGUGAGACAGGGUAAAACUGGGCGUGCCUGCACAGACGGACAGAACCAGUGGAAUGCUGGAUUUAAAAGAAAUGCUGGUCAGAGGAAGAUGAAGCAUGUGCGCUUCAAACGCCACAACAGGAAGGAUCUCUUCCAGCUGCCCCCAACUUCACAACCAUCCUCUAGCACUCCAGAAGCGGUAAAGAAGGUGCGACUCUUUAGGAGUCAUGAAGAGUGGAGGAACAACGCACUUGCCUCACCAAUGGCAGAACUUUUCAAUUGCCCUGGGAAUAGCCUCCUGAAGCUCUGCAUUAAUGCUGAUACCUCCUCCAUCACCGACCCAACACCACGUCCACGCCUCCAUCUCCUUACCCAUGAUGAGCACCACACACCACUGGCUUGUGUAAAAUGCAAAACCUUCUACGAUGAAUAUAUUAACAUGUCCACAGCCCAGCUUGAGGAGAUUGAGAAGGUUACAAAAGCACAGAGCAAAGAACAGGUCUGGCAUGAUGCACGGAGAGUGCGCAUCACAGCAAGCACCGCUAGAAAGGUGCCCAUUCGCUCAACCACAGCACCUGACAAGUUUUUGUCAGAGCACUUACACCCAUCCUUCCGUGGCAAUGCUGCAACACGUAAAGGAGCGGAGGGGGAGGAACUUGCAAGGGACUAUUUGGAAACUCUGGGCCACAGCAUUGAAACCAAAGGCUUAGUGGUUUGCGAAAAAGAACCGUGGCUAGCGGCAUCCCCUGAUGGAGUGAUAAACAAAGACAUUCUGUUGGAGAUAAAAUCACCUGUUAUGGGAAACAAGUCACUUACAGAAUUUUUGGAAACAAAAAACUGUGAAAUCACAACUGUGGCAAACGGACAUAGGGUAGAUUACCAUAUUGCCUGCAAUGGUCCAAAAGGCUACUACAUGCAGGUACAAAUUGGGAUGCACUGCACAGGGUUUCAGCAUUCCAAAUUGGUGAUCUGGAACAAAACUGAGCACCUAGAAAUUGAAGUACCCUACGACCAAGCCUUUGUCCAGGAGCAUAUCAUAAGGCUGCGCACAUUCUACUUUACCCACAUGCUCCCGAAAAUUGUUGAUGAUUUUGUGGAGGGAAAGUUACAGUUCUGCAGUAAAUAUCUCAUAGUUUUAAAACCAAAAUAAACUGCCUUAUAUAGGUCUUGUUCACAGGAGCCAACAUGUGUUUGUUGUUAAUGCACAAUUUACAUUAUCUCUUUAUGCUGUUAAAUAUUCUGUAUGUCUGUACUGUUUGGUUGAAAAUAAUUUUUUUAUGUAAUGUCAUUUCGUUUCAUUAUUUCACUGACCUACAUCAUGAAGUACACUUUCAUAAUAUACUUAAAGUGCUCUUUUUUUGCACACUACUUUUGUACUUAAUGUACUAAAAGUUCAUCUUUAGUACUUCUUAAGAUGUUCUUAAGAUUAUCUAAGUGUACUUACUUCAUUUGUGCUAUUUUGAGACACCCUGAAUAUGAACUAAAAUGCCCUUUUAACAUACAUUUUUAAUACAGAGAUAGUAUUCAACUUGAACUCAACUUUCAUACAAAUGUGUUCAAGUUUAUUACAAGUUGUACCAUUUAGAACAUUUUAGUUUAUAUUUAUGGUGUCU